GCAUGUGAGAGCACGGUGAAGCACAAAACAGAGAUGGUGGCCAAGCUGGAGGAGAAGACCAACCAGCUGGUCAGUGCCCUGAAGGAGAUGGAGUUCAGGUUGAAACAGUCAGAAUCAGACAAAGUAGCUGCUGUGGAAACGGCCAGAAAACUUGGCCAAAUUAUAGCUGAAAAAGACCAGAAAAGAUCUGCCUUAGAGACGAGCCUGCAAAUAGAGAAAGAAUGGAGAGCAGCAUUGCAAGCCAACUAUGAACAGGAGAAAGAAAAACUAGCCCAAACUCAAAUGGAAAUUGCUCAGCUAAAGGAUCUGAAGAGAGAUUACUCCCUGCUGAUAACCAGACAUGAAGAGCUUCGCGUGCAGUGUCAGGAACAAGAAAGUGCUUUAGCAGAGCUAGGUUCACAUCUCAGCGAAUCCAAGCUCAAGGUUGAAGAUAUGAGAGAAGCCACUGCCAUACAAAGAGAAGCACACUGGGCAAGCGAUGAGACAGUCACCCAUUGCAAACAGUGCUCCAAGGAGUUUUCUCUGGCCAGACGGAAACAUCACUGUCGGAACUGUGGCGACAUCUACUGUGGGGAGUGCUCUGACAACAAAAUGCCACUUCCAUCCUCUUCAAAACCAGUGAGAGUGUGUGACACCUGCCAGUCACAGCUGCUGCACCGAUACUCGGCAUCCUGA